AUGGCACAGCAACAGCCCCAUGACUUGGGCUACCUCGACUACAACAACAGUAACCCCAACCGCUCCCCGAGCUCGUCACGACAGACAUACUCUGGUGCCCCUGGAUUCGGCGGCCUCUCCUUGCCUCGUCAGGCGCAGAGACCUUUUGAUGCCCCUCUAGGAUCUUCCGCCCUCUACCCCUCGGAUAGAGUUGGCAACGGAUACAACCCUCGUGCUGCCGAGACCUUGUCGCCCUCGUCCGGCAUGCCUAGCUACAUGCUUGAUGGCAACCAGACAUGGAACUACAAUGCUUCAGGUGCCGCCACUGUCAAUGGUGCUUUGCAUGGAGGAAACCGUAACCGUGGUGUGAACCGCCGCGCUGCUCUGCCUCAGAACUGGACUGAUCACGGUAAUGUUGGCAACAACAUGCAGCCUUUCCCUGGCAGCCUCAACAGCCAAAUGUCCAACGGUGGUCUUCGCCCUGAACAUCCCGGCCAGCACCCGUCUCCGUCCGAUCUUCGCUCAAACACAUCCGAUUCCGAACAGCUCAUCCCCACGGCCAUCGUCAUCAAGAACAUCCCCUUUGCAGUCCGCAAGGAGACGCUCGCCUCCAUCAUGCUCGAUAUGCACCUGCCUCAACCAUACGCCUUCAACUACCAUUUUGAUAACGGCGUCUUCCGUGGCUUGGCCUUUGCUAACUUCCAGUCUGCCGAGGACACGCGUAUUGUCAUCGAGGCGAUGAACGGAAUGGACGUGCACGGACGUAAGCUGCGAGUCGAGUACAAGAAGAUGCUCCCAGAGGCUGAAAGGGAACGCAUCGAGAGGGAAAAGCGAGAGCGCCGCGGCCAGCUUGAAGAGCAGCACCGCGCUCCUAUGCUGCACCAGCAGAGCUCGCUUCAGUCUCUUGGCGGCAUGUCCCAGUCUGCCCAGCGCUCUGGUGGCUCGUUCAUGGGUAACUUCCGCCCCAAUGCCCCUUCGCCCGGCCCUGUUAUUGACACUGGUGUGGGCGAUGUUGAUCUGAACGACCCACAGACCCUGGAGUUCUACACGGAGUUGGUUAUGUUCCGCCGCGACGAUUCUCGUGAGAUUCUUGUCUUCCCCCCUGGCAUCUCUCCUGAGCAUCGCCGCUCUAUCCAUAUCCUAGCCCACCACAUGGGGCUUGAGCACCAGUCCAUUGGCGAGGCCGAUGCUCGCCAGCUUACCGUUUUGAAGCGUCAGCAGCCCUCUCCCACGGCCAAUAUCCACAAUGCUCCCGCCAACAGCCUUGAUGUCCAUAAGCGAGGCCUCAGCCGCGCUGCCACGUUUGACUUUGCCGCUGACCGCGAAUCGCGUGUAACCAGCAACAACUAUGCCCAGGUUAUGGGCCGUCAGGGCCCGACUCUGGAGCUCCCUGGUAGCCCUGAUGGCAACGGCAUUCCCAACAACCUCCGAGCGGCCAAGAGCUUUGCUGAUUUGCGCUCCUUCACACCCAGUCCCUCGCAGGCAUCUUCUAGCUACCUGGCUCCCGGUGGUGGUAUGAACAGUAUUGGCCCGACGUCGACUGCCCGCUUUGGCGAUUACGUUAACCCUGUGGCCUCUCCCUCGCACCCUGGCAACCCCUCUACACCUGGUCCUAAGAAUGACAACGGCCUAGUGAGCAGCCUCGGCGCUCUCAACAUUGGAUCCUACGAGUCAAGCUCUUUGCCUCAGCAAAACCGCAGCACACCUGGAGCUAUCGGCAGCCAGCGUCCCAGCGCAAACAACAGCAGCGGCACCAGCAGCGCGGCUGGCAAGGGUGCUCCUGAUAGACAGCCUCGCGGCCCUGAGUGGGAAGCCAGCUCUGGAUUUGGUGGACGCAGCCGACCCAACGGUCAUGCUCAACGAACCAGUGACUAG